GAUAACAGACGCUUAUCUGAAACAGAAGAACACGGAACCUUUUUAAAGAACACUGCUAGGAGUAAGACGGUGAGCUUCAAUGUCAUCGGUUUCAACACUUGUCUUGUUGUAGUUACACCUUCUAAGUUAAGAUCAGAUCUCUGGAGAUCAUGGGGCUUCACUUUGGAGACCUGGCCAGGGUUAGGCAUAUUAUCACAUACACUAUGUCCCCUUUUGAGCAGAGGGCAUUUGCCAACUACUUCUCCAAGGGAAUCCCUAAUGUGUGGAGAAGAUUCUCUUCAUCGUUCUUCAAAGUUGCUCCCCCAAUGAUCCUCGCGUACGUGACAUACACCUGGGGAAAUAGUGUCCAUGAGCAAAGCAAGAGAAAGAAUCCUGCUGACUAUGAGAACGAUGAAUAAAUCCCUGUCUCCUUUUCACAAGCUGCUGGUAUUUCCAACUCUGUAUGUUCAACCAAUAAAGAUGAAAACAUUUAUGUGA